UGUAUUUUGCUUGUGUUUUGCCAUACCGUUAGCUGCAGCGAGCAGGAACCGAAAUAUCGCGUUUUUAAGUUAGGUCUAUCUUCGCUUGUGGUAAUAGGCUACUUUCCUAUGAGGCUACUAGCCUCAUAGUAAUGCAACAGCAAUUAAAUCAGGAUUGUGUUCACACGAUGCAGAGGAAAAACAGAUAGGCUAGCAUAUAGUAUCUUUCUUUUGAUCAAAGACAUAAGCCUACCUAUAAAUGUUAUCUGCUAUAGGCAUAUAUUUUAACGGUAGCAAAUAAUGUUAAAAUGGAUAUGAAAGCCUCAGCAGAAUUGCAAUCUGUGUCUCGGUCAAAGGACAAAGAAGAUGUCCAGUGUUUACAUGUCCAGAACUGGCAACUGCCUGAGAACUUGAAACCGUCUUUCAGUUCUGCAGAGGAAGAAAUUAAUACUAAGGGGGAAAUUUUAUACCUUUACCUUCAUUCAAAAGACAGCGGGAUACCCAAAGACAAUGCAAAGGAAGUUGUGUACAACGGCUUGAGAAAUCAAGGAGCAACCUGCUAUCUGAACUCAGCUUUACAGGUUCUCUUUAUGACCAAAGAGUUCCGACAGGCAGUAGAAAGUUCACAGAUCACUCCAAAUGAAAAUGUAUUUUACCAUCUACAACAACUAUUUAAAGAUCUAAAAAGUGAUAGUGUGUCUCCUGUCAACAUAACCAGAAGUCUCUCCAUUGAAAACGUUUUUGAACAGCAAGAUGCAGUGGAGUGGUUUGAGAAAAUCUUGAGUGAGGUGUCACAUGAUGUCUCCCAGGUCUAUGAGGGAAGAUGGCAAAAAACACUGAGGUGCCUGAAGAGAGAUCAUGACGCAUGUCAUGAAGAUAACAAUUUUUUUUCACUUCCACUCUCCAUUGAUGCUGAACAUAAUGACGUUUUCAAUGUGGUUGAUGGUCUUCAAGCCUUCUUUAAAACCACAACGUUUGAUGAGGACAACUGGAUGUACUGUGAUGACUGUGAUGAGAAAACAGACACUGAAAUUAGUUUCAGUGUUCAGAAGUAUCCCACGAUACUGAAUCUGCACCUCAAGCGCUUUUACUUUGACUACAUGACAAUGGGAUAUCAGAAGAACUGCUGCCCUGUGGACAUCCCCCCUACUCUGGACUACUUUAAGAGUUGCACGUAUGACCUGUAUGGCGUCAUCAACCACAGUGGUGUGUAUGGAAGUGGACACUACUGGGCCAACAUUAAGUCUUCUGAGAAUAAUAACUGGUAUUCCUUUGAUGACUCUCACGUGGCAAAGAUCACAGACACAGACUUCUUAGAAAGGUCAAGGACUGCAUACAUGAUUGUGUACAGGAAAAGAGAAUUGUCACCUUCAUCACCUCAGCAAGAAGAAAAUAACAUGGAGAGCAGUACUGUGGAAUCCCUCAAGAUCACAACAGCAGAAGAGAUGAGACAAAGUAUGCUUGAGGAAAUUAAGAACAACACAGCUUCCGAAAAACAAACCUACACACCUGACAAUGUUUUGACACAGCAAAUUGACCAUUCACACCAUUCACCUCAUCUUGUCAUGCCAACAAAGAUGAAGGUAUCUAAGCAGAGGAGGAGAUCCCAGAGGUCUGGACCGUACCAACAUAAUCUUUUGAAGAGUUGGAUGGGCUGGAUCAUAUCUCUUUUAGUGCUCCUGAUGUUGCAUCUUCUUGCAAUCAACGUUGACCUUCUUGUCCAUGAUUCGAUGAUGAGAGACUCUCUGUAGUUCUCUUUCAAUAACCUACUUCAAAAAGAGAGAUGUCACAUGUUUCCAGUGGCUAAGUAGGCCUAGAAAUAGGCUGAAAACGUUUUUUUUUUAAAUGGAAGACAAACGACGCUACAGGUCCAUAUGAACUAGAACCAUGUUUCUAGGUUUCUUAUUCCCUUCAGCAAUAAGACUCCUGAACACUGCAAAACUUGUCUGAACAAUUUAUUUAUUUAUUUUGAAUUUCUCUCUUUUCUUCUUCCUUGUAUUGAGCUAAAUCCCUCUGUAACUAAAAACCAACAUGGUUGUGUAGCAAUAAAGUAUCUAUCUAUCUAUCUAUCUAUCUAUCUAUCUAUCUAUCUAUCUAUCUGUAUCUAAAUGGGAUUUACUUUUACCUUAAGACAUACAUGUGCGAUGUAAAUUCCAAGAAUGUACAGUAUGUACAGUAUGUAUAAAACAUUAUGUUAGAUUAAGAUACCAAGGAUGUAAAUGUUCUCAUGUGUAUUUGAUGACAGAAUUGCUCAAAACAAUUGUUUAUUGCCCUACAUCCAUGUUCUAUCCAUAUUCAUUGUCAAAUAGGAUUCAAACAUUUCUCCAUGUUCAUCAGCUAGCUGGCAAAAGGUUCUUUAUGAGCUGAGUGAAGUGAUUCAAGUGAAAUGGUAAUGUGGGUGGGAGCAAAUCAACACAAUUUGCUUGUGUAAUUGGUGAAAAGGGUUGUACCAAAUAUGUUUGUCUCUUUUCAAGUAAAACAUUUAUCCUAUUA